UCUUCACUUUCGUCUCUACGAGACUUCCACUCCUUUGUACACGUUCAAGAUGGCGAACCAAAGGGUAUCGCGUGGGCGCUACCGCUUUCUACUUGUGGCUGUAGUGUUCCAUCUCGUCUACAUUUACAGCAUAUUCUCGAUAUAUUUUGUGAGCCCGGUCGUCCAUGGCAUGCGAGAGCAUCGCGUCGAGACAAGAGAAGCGCCCGCGAAGCGAUUGGUGCUGUUUGUUGGGGAUGGUCUUCGCGCGGACAAGGCAUUCCAGUCUUUCCCUGACCCGGAUCCAAAGCAUCAUGCUAUGCUACAUAAGCCCCUGGACGCAAAUGCCUCCGAUAUAGGCUCGGAAUCCCUCGAUGAUCCAAAUACGCCCCGCCCUCUCGCUCCGUUCCUUCGCUCCCGAGUCCUCGAAAGUGGCACCUUUGGUGUCUCCCAUACCCGCGUACCCACCGAAUCGCGUCCUGGUCAUGUCGCGCUGAUUGCGGGGUUAUACGAAGAUGUGUCUGCGGUUACAACAGGGUGGAAGAUGAACCCUGUGAACUUCGACAGCGUGUUCAACCGCAGCAGACACACAUGGAGCUGGGGCAGUCCUGACAUCCUGCCCAUGUUCGAACAUGGCGCAGUCCCUGGACGGGUAGACGCAUACUGCUAUGGGGCCGAAGACGAGGAUUUCUCCAAAGACGCGUGGUUGUUGGAUGAGUGGGUGUUUGUCAGGGUCAAGAAGCUGUUUUCAGAUGCGAAGACGAACAACACGCUGGAUACGCAACUGCGACAGGGAGGAAAUGUGUUUUUUCUUCAUCUUCUGGGACUGGAUACGACGGGACAUGCGCAUCGGCCGUAUUCGUGGCAGUAUCUUCACAACAUUCAGAUUGUGGAUCAGGGUGUAAAAGAAGUCACGAAACUCAUCGAGGAGUUCUACGAUGAUGACAAGACGGCCUUUGUGUUCACGGCGGAUCAUGGCAUGAGUGAUUGGGGGAGCCAUGGAGAUGGUCAUCCGGACAAUACACGCACGCCGUUGAUUGCAUGGGGCGCUGGUGUCGCAUCACCGGUGCGGAGUGCAACUGGGAUUUCACGGGGCCAUGAGGAUAAAUUUUCGUCGGACUGGAAUCUGGACCAGAUUGAACGGCACGACGUAAACCAGGCCGACGUGGCAGCUCUCAUGGCAUACCUAGUCGGAGCUGACUUCCCUACCAACUCGGUUGGCGUGCUUCCUCUCUCAUACCUCGAUACGGAUCCAAAGGCCAAGGCGGAAGCGCUUCUUGUCAAUGCCAAACAGAUACUGGAAAUGUAUCACGUCAAGGAAGAGCUGAGGAUGUCUGGACAGCUCUACUACAAGCCUUUCCCUGGACUUGGCGACGAGACACAUUCGGUGGAGCAUCGCGUUUCCCUGAUACAGAAAAGUAUCGAUGAAGACGAUGCCGAGGACGCCAUCCGACGAACCUACGAACUCAUCGACACUGGUUUGGAGGGCUUGAGGUACUUGCAGACGUAUGACUGGUUGUUCCUGCGAACGCUGGUAACCGCCGGGUAUAUUGGCUGGAUCGUCUUUGCAAUCACGACGGUCAUCGAUUUGCAUGUGUUGAACGAAGCGUCGCAAGCACAGCGGACGACGCAGAGCAUCGUGGUGUUCUCCUCGAUACUUGCCGUUCUGUACGCUGUUCUUCUAAAGCAGCGCUCUCCCUUGGUCUACUACGCCUACGCCCUUUUCCCGGUUUUCUUCUGGGAAGAGAUCUAUGCUCGUAGAUCGUCACUUGUCAAGGGAGGAAAGGUUUUGUUUGGGCAGGUCUCUUCGAAUGGUGAUAUAGCGAAGCUCGUGCUUUCGACGUUUGGCUUUUUUGGUCUCUUGGAGGCCUUGGUUCAAAGUUACUCACACCGGGAGAUUUACACGGUCUGCUAUUUGCUCGCCACAUGUUGGCCCGUAUUCUAUGGUAAGGAGUUCUUGAAGAAGAACAUGGGCACAGUGGCGACCUGGGUACUCUCUUGUAUUGUCAUGAGCGCCUUUACGAUGCUUCCAGCGAACAAGGCCGAAGAUCCACGUUUGAUUUUCCUUGGAGGCAGUCUGAUGUUCGCUGUUGGCGCAUUGUAUUUGCUCUUUGAAAAGAGCAUCUUAGCCGACGCAGACUUGGACGAAGAGCAUACUGAGCUCAAAGUAAACAAUGGGUCUCGAACCUUGUUAGGUGCCCAGCUCGGACUUGUGCUCCUUGCCAUGAUUGUCACCCGGAGUAGCAUCGGAUACAUCCAGAAACGACAAGGUUUACCACUUGGUGUGCUGGUAGUGGGAUGGUCAACGUUGGUGGGCUCCCUGGUUCUACCACAAUUCCACGGGUUAUACCCCAACAACAACUACGUCCAUCGCCUGGUGGUCAUGUUCCUGCAGUUCGCACCCACCUUCAUCAUCCUCACUAUCUCGUACGAAGGGCUCUUCUACCUCGCUUUCUGCCUUUGUCUCUUCAGCUGGAUGCGUCUGGAGCACCAGGCCUACCAACACAAGGCAUUGGCGUCUUCGUCCGCUCCAUCAUCAACAACUACUACCACACCCACUUUGACGGUAGAAGAAACGAACAAUCGCCCUCUCACACUUCUUGAUACCCGUAUCGCCCUCUUCUUCUUCUUUUUCAUCCAAUCAGCCUUUUUCAGUGCUUCCAACAUCGCCUCAGUAUCCUCUUUCUCCCUCGACGCCGUGUACCGGCUCAUCCCCGUCUUCGACCCCUUCUCGCAGGGGGCACUUCUCAUGCUUAAACUCAUGGUGCCAUUUGCGGCCCUGUCCGCGAACUUUGGGCUUCUCAAUCGUCGCUUGGGCGUUGCGCCGAGUGCACUUUUCAUGGUGGUUAUGGCAGUCAGCGAUGUGCUUACGGUGAGGUUCUUCUACAUGGUUAGGGAUGAGGGGAGUUGGUUGGACAUUGGCACGAGUAUCAGUCAGUUUGUUAUUGCGAGUCUGCUGGGCUUGUUUGUGUGUGGGCUGGAGGUGUUCAGUGGGUGGAGCAUUAGCGGGGUCGAGUUUGAGGACAGGAGAGGCAGUAAUGGGAAGGCGAAAUAAUGCUGGUGGUGUAUGUAAUGUUUGGAUAGAACACAGACUUGUGAUAGGUGUAAUUUCACAUGGUCGAGACAGCGAUGCAUAUGGCUGUGUAUGGCCAGCGCG